AAGGAGAAGCUGCUGCUCUGGCGCUGUGUGUAUGGGACGAACGCUAGACUUGCGGAUCUGCUCCACUGGUUAUCUCUGACGUGUGCCUCUGACGCUUGCAGCCCGGGAGGCAGAGGGCGGCGGGUCACCCUCUGUGUGCAGGGACCGGCGGGUCACUGUCUGUGCAGGGACCGGCGGGUCACUCACUGUGCAGGGACCGGCGGGUCACCCUCUCUGUGCAGAGGGCAGUGGGUCACUGUCUGUGUGCAGGGACCGGCGGGUCACUCACUCUCUCUGUACUCGGGUACAGCAGACCCCGCAGCCGGUGCGCUCCCUGCUGCUGCUGGAGCGCUUCGCCCCGCACCGCACGGAGCCCGGGAGGCAGAAGGCGGGGCAGUGUGUCUCUCUCUCUCUGUGCGCUCCCCCGCCCCGCUGGAGCGCUCGGCCCCGCUCCGCCCGCAGCCCCGCUCGGCCCCGCGGGUGCGGAGCGCGGAGUCUCGGGGCCGUUUCGUGUGCGUGCGGUGGGAGGAGGGCGGCGAGAGCCGCUACCCGUGCGUGUGGCUGCGGGACUGCUGCCGCUGCCCGCGCUGCUUCCUGCGCUCGGCCGGGGCGCGCCGGCUGCGCCCGCAGCUGCUGGACCCCGACACCGCGGCCGCGGGGCUCGCCCUGCCCGGCGGCUCCAAGAUCUGUAUUACAUGGUCUGAUGGACACACAAGUGAAUAUGAAGCUGAGUGGCUGAAAAAACGAUGCUUCUCUGAAGAAGCCAGAGCUGCAAUGAGGGCAGAUUUGUUUUUACCAGAGCGCCAGUACUGGGGCUCAGACCUCCAGCUCCCCAAAAUACCUUUUGAAGAAGUCAUGGACAAUGAUGAAAGUGCAUACAAGUGGUUGUGCACUCUAAAGAAAUUGGGAAUUGUUCUACUGACAGGAGCUGCUGCAAGGGAGGGAGAAUUGGUUAGACUUGGCCACAGGAUUGGGUUCCUGCGUCUCACAUUUUAUGGACCAACUUGGCAAGUGCAAGACAAAGCAGAUGCUAACAAUAUAGCUUACACCACUGGGGGACUCUGCCUUCACACUGAUUAUCCUGUUCUGCAGCAUCCACCUGGGGUUCAAUUUCUUCACUGCAUAAAGCAAACAUCUGCAGGAGGUGAAAGUGAAGUUGUAGAUGGAUUUCUUGUAUCCAGCAAGCUGAAGGAACAAAACCCUGAGGCAUAUCAGAUCCUGUCCUCUACUGCUGUAGACUAUGCUGAUGUUGGGGUGGAUUACUGUGACUUUGCUGUGCACUGUAAACAAAGGAUUAUAGAAGUGGAUUCCAGUGGCCAAGAAAUUCGCAUCAAUUAUAACAAUGCAACGAGAGACUCGGUGUUGGAUGUGCCAGCUGAAGAAGUGAGGCCAUUUUAUGCAGCUCUAAAGGAAUUUGAUGAUUUACUAAACAGUGCAGAGCACAAGGUUACUUUCAUGCUGAAACCAGGGGACAUCCUGACCCUGGAUAACUGGCGGGUGCUCCACGGCCGCCAGGCGUUCGCGGCCGGCGCGGGCGGGACGCGCUGCCUGGAGGGCGCCUAUGCAGACUGGGACGUGGUCAUGUCCAGGCUCCAGGUGCUGAGGAAGAAGGUCCUGGGCAGGGACUGAGAUUGCUUCUGACUGGAAACAGCAAAAUGUAGAUUGUCUGGCCUCAAUGACAACAGCAACGUUAAAAAAAUGAGUCUUCAUUUCAGAAACUAACAUUGCUUCUGACAAGCCUUGCUGUAGAACCAAGGCAAGGCUUUAAAUGACGGGGGUAGGUUUGGAUCAGAUCCUAGGAAGGCUUUCUCCACUGUGAGGCUGCCCAGCUCCUGGAAGUGUUCAAAGCCAGGCUGGGAUGGUGAAAGGUGUCCUAAUGGCACAGGGGUGGAGUGAGAGGGUCUUUAAGGUCCCUUUCCACCCAAACCACCCUGUGAGUCUAUCAUAAAUGUAUUUUUGAUUUCUAUAAGCUAAGAAAAAAUUUGUUCAUAACAAUUUGAGUUUUAUCUGUGCCCUGUAAGUUUAUGUGCUUUUGUAAAAUCAGAGUGGAAAGUGGCUUGAAGGAUUUUCACUUUACAGGACUGACUGGGGAUGACAGGGCCUUCCUUUGCCUCUAUACAUCUACUACCCUCCCUAGAAAGCUUGAAAGGCAAAAUGAAAGAAGUGUUAUUAACUACAUUUUGUUAUGAAUGUCACCUUCCUCUAUUUUCAGAGAAGCAUUCUUCAUUGCAUAAAUCAUAACUAAAAUUCACUAUCAAAAUAAAAAAAUACAGUUGUGGUGUUAUUUUUAAAUACACACCUUCCUAGGUAGGGCUCUGCUGUAACACAUGAUGUCAUUGAACAGAGACUGUAUUCUACAUGUUUUGACUAUCACAGCCACAAAUAAUUUUCCUUAUAUUUCCAAGUCCAUAGUCUCAGAAACCAUAAACUUACCAAAGAAUGGAUCAUAUUAAUGUUCCUCUGCAUUAGGAAGAUGAAUCACCCUCAGUGCAGAGGUCACAAUUCCUAUCAGAUGCCAUGUGCAGACCUAAGACCUGUACAGCACUUUUGAGAAAAGCCAGGAGGAGCAAUGCUGCUGAUGCUUGCUGGCUAGAAACCACAAAGCAGAAGUGGCUAUUGACUUUGCAUGUGACAGAAAUGUGGCAGCUGAACCCAAAUCCAUUUUUGUUACACCUCCAAUAAGUCUUUAGGAUGUUUUCAUCUACUCUGGAUUCUGAAUAAAAAUGAUGCUAUCUGGAAAUUACUGCAGCCAGGAAGUAGUGGAGUUCUUUCCCUGCAUUCAGAUGCCAAAUGGAAAAAGAAAGAAUUUCAAAGCACUUGUUUUCAUGAAAACAUGUCCACUGAGUUUAUUUUUCACUGUUCUGAUAGGUGCAGAGUUAAAUGAUGCCACUCACCCUGCUGUGAGCUGGACAAAAUAACCACUCUUCCACCCUCAGAUCAUUCUGUGUGUUUCCAUACUGUUCCUUCCAAGUCAAAUAAACCCUAGUCUCUUCUUAGAAGGGUAACAGAAUAGAACUACAUCUACAGAAUGAAAUAACCACAGAAUUAAACUAAGGCCAGGUUAGAUGGAGCUUUGAGCAACCCAAUUUAAUGGAUGGUGCCCAUGGCAGGGGGACUGGAACCUUCAACCCAGACCACUCUGUGAUUCUAUAACCUAAAAUCAGCUUGCAAACACUUCCAUAGCUUCUACUCAUCAUUUAAUAACAGGCAUCAGAUGUAUAAUCAGAUAAAACUCAAUUUUAGGCCUUUUUGUUGUAGGGCAGUUUGAAUUUAGUCCUCUUUAUGAAACAGUGAAAUGUUAUUGUCAAAGUUAUGACCUCAUGAAAUAGUCUAACAAAAUUGGGGUUUAUGGGUAAUUAAAUUUUUCAGUGCCUCCUUUAAUAACUAAUUCUAGAAACAUGAGGAAAAUCUUGUACUGUCUUUGCUAUAAAGGCAGGAAAAGCUGAGAAACAUUAGUACCUAUAUUCAUGUAUUCCUGCAAUGCUCUGCAUUAAAUGUGAUAUUUUCCACAUAAAAAUGGAGUGAAUGUUGCAAUUUAUAACUAUUAAGACAUCUUGUGAUUUAUACCAGUCAUUAAUAGGGAAGAGGUAUUUUCCAUUUCUUGUAUUCUGUACUUUCCUGAACACUUUCAUUCAAAUUCCUUUUUAUUAAAAACUCUUAUGGAACUGA